UCAUUUUCAUACUCACCACCGGUCCCCCACCUCUCGACCGAACGGUCAAAUUCCCAAAUCAGUUUUACACUCUCUUCUCUCUCGCUCUCUCAAUGCAAAGCCCAAUCCCAACCAACAGCUAGGGUUAGGGUUCCUUUCCAAUCGGUUAAUUCUUCGAGAAGCCCUAAUUGCAGAACUCCGUGUGUGUGUAUCUGCAAGGUUCGGCUUCACCUAUGUUGAGCAACGCAGUAGGAGGAGGAGGAGGAGGAGGAGGAGGAGGUGGCGGCAGAUUCUAUUGGUUCCGGAACCAAACCGCCGGGACAAAGGUCCAAGGAAUCGUGGUGAUCUUUGCUUGGGUUUCGGUUCACCAGGCCCACUUGAAGACUUACGUCGAUCUCUACUCGUCUCUCGGAUGGGACUCUCUCGUCUGCCUUUCGGACUUCCUCAACCCAUUAUUUUCUGAGAGGGCCACAUCAUUGGCAUUUGCUGUUCUUAAUGAACUUGUUGAGGAGCUAAGGAUUAGGCCAUGUCCUUUAGUCCUCGCAGCCUUUUCUGGUGGCUCAAAAGCUUGCAUGUACAAGGUUAUCCAGGUUAUUGAAGGAGCUUGUGAUGCCAAGCUUAGUUUGGAUGAUACUCGGUUGAUUAGGAGCUGCAUCUCUGGUCACAUCUAUGACUCUGGUCCAGUUGAUUUUGCUAGUGACUUGGGUGCUCGAUUCACAUUACCUACUGCCAUUCUUAGAAUGCCUGGUUCAGCUAAAUUAGUUUCUUGGGUUGCAAAAGGUGUUACUUCUGGACUAGAUGCCCUGUUUCUUACUGGGUUUGGAUCCCACCGUGCUGAGUACUGGCAGACCCUUUACUCCACAGUGAGUUUGGGAGCCCCUUAUCUCAUUUUAUGUUCAGAAAAUGAUGUUGCUGCUCCAUAUCCAGCCAUCUGCAAUUUUUCUCAGCGUUUACAGGAGCUUGGGGCAAGUGUUAAACUUGUGAAAUGGAUCAGCUCUCCCCAUGUAGGCCAUUACGAGCAACACCCUACUGAAUACAGGGCGGCUGUGACCAAGCUUCUUGAGCAUGCAGUUUCAGUUUAUUCCGAAAAGAUCCAAAUUUCUAUGGAGGAUAUGCAUGAUCAGAUAUCUGAGUUAAUUUGUGACCUCCAGAAUGUUGCAGAUAACUCAAACCAAAGCUUCAGAAGAGUUGCACGUGGGCCAAACGACCAUUUCUUCUUGCCCAGUUCAGCAGAAUAUAGCAGUGGUAGAGAAUCCGUAAAUUUACAAGAUGAGCGAAAAGAAGGAUUGGCUCAUUCGUCUAGCCCUCCUAGGAUGAAUGCCCAUAGCGUCCUUGGUCGAAUCCUCUUCGACGCGUGUGUUCCCAAGAACAUCGAAGGUUGGGAUAUUAAAUUCUCGGGUUCCUUGAAUGGCCAGCCGGUAGCCUCUGCUCACAGACGCUCGCCUUUGAGUGCCAUCAAACGCAUCCGCUCGAGAUUGUAACGCUAAUGGACGAGUUUCUUUGCACAUCCCACUGUCAGAAUCUCACUACUUCAAGAUCAAGAUGCAUGAAGAGACAUACAAUACAAGCACAUGGAUGAGUGAAAAUCUGUCAUGGCCUAAUGUGUGGUUUGCAAGUGUACAGGCAGAAUGAAAACAUUGGAUGUAUAGUGCUUGUGAAACCAGUGUGGCUUCUUUUUGGAUUGUGUUCCCAGGUUUAGAGGUUUUUUUUGUUUUUUUUUUUUUUUUUUUUUUGGGGGGGGGUAUGUACAGUAAUUCCAUAAAUUAGUGUGACACCUUUGGUUGCUUCUAAUUCUCUUUGAAAAGGAGACAAGAUCAUAUGUUUAGGCAGCUGGUGCUGCCUUUUCUUUUGUUUUUUUUUCCUUUUUUUUUUUUUGGUUUUUUGAUUUGAUUAGACAUUCCCCUUCUUAUUAUUAGUUAAUUGUUCAAAUUGUGUAUGCACAAUUUUUUUUUUUUUUAAAUUUUUGCGAUGUCA